ACUGGGGAGCUCCAAUAAACGAAGCCGAACGACCAAACAUCAGCGAUAGUGUGGAUCGGUUGAGUGUGGCGGCUGGCUGCAGGAGAGGCGGCCCAAAAAGGCAUUCACCCCCUGUAGAGUUUCUGUGGUUACAGCUGAGCUUGUGGAUGUCACUGGGGCAGCAGCAGUCAUGGGAAGGCCAGCGGCUAUAGUUCCUCUCAUCCUGCUUGCGGUGAUGCUGAUGGGCACUGGAGCCAAAAAUUGUGUCUGCAGUGGGAAGUCAAGAUGCCACUGUCCAGGAGUAAAAGGCAGCAGGGGAGACAAAGGUUUUCCAGGCGAACCAGGCCCCCCAGGACCACAAGGUCGUCCAGGAUCAGCUGGCCACGCUGGGCCCAUAGGCCCAAAGGGCAACACUGGGCCUGAUGGGCCUGCAGGACCAAAAGGCAACCCGGGCCCUGAUGGAAAAGAAGGAUUUGCUGGGUCUCAUGGUUUACCGGGUGUUCCAGGUUUACAAGGACCUCCAGGACCCCCUGGGGCCCCAGGAUGCAAUGGAACAGAUGGAGAAGAUGGACUUCCUGGUGUUCCCGGUGCCCAUGGUUUAGAUGGACAACCAGGAGCUCCAGGACCGCCUGGACCUAAGGGGGAUUCUUUGGUAUUAGUGGAUCCAAUGCCAGGACCAAAGGGGCUUCCGGGGAGGAAAGGCGAGCUGGGACUUCAAGGUUUUGCAGGGGAUCCUGGACCUCCAGGGGAUCCUGGACCUAGAGGAUCAUUUGGGUUGAUCGGCCGUGCAGGUGCACAAGGAUCUAAGGGUCAAGAAGGCAUAGGUGGAAUGCCGGGACCUCGUGGACCAAAGGGGAACCAAGGACCACGAGGCCCACCGGGCCCUCCAGGUCGUGUUAAAGAGUUUUUAAGUGGGUCUCAAGUGUUAAAGGGCACAAAAGGAGACAAAGGAAAUGCGGGAGAAAAAGGGUGCAAGGGUGAACCAGGAGACACGUUUGAUGGUUAUUACUUCAAAGGAGAAAAAGGAGACCAAGGAUCUGUGGGCCAAGAGGGAAAGCCAGGAAAGGAUGGUGAUCUUGGAGAACCUGGACACAGGGGAAGGCCUGGCCCUACAGGUGCAACAGGGUAUCAGGGCACACCUGGAGACAAGGGGGAAAAGGGAAAUAGAGGUUUGCCUGGUUCACCUGGAUCGAUAGGGUUUGUGCAUGAGCCACUCAAAGGAUUUCGUGGAGAACCUGGUAGCCCAGGUCUACCGGGACCUCCUGGCCCUCAAGGUGUUGUGGGGUUUCCCGGACCUGCUGGACUUCCAGGCCAUGCGACUGGAUUUUUCCUGCCAGGCCCACAAGGUCCCAGUGGCUUCCCAGGCCCCAAAGGAGAUCCUGGAGAUCCUGGGAGUGUAAAUGUUGGACGUCCUGGUCCAGCUGGUGAUCCUGGUGAUCAAGGGCCAUCUGGGGACAUAGGAGAACCUGGACCACCAGGAGACAGAACCAACAGAAUCACCAAGGCCCCCCCAGGAAUAAAGGGCAUGAGCGGUAUUGCUGGACCACAAGGAUAUGACGGGCUAAUUGGAAUCAAAGGACAGAAAGGGGAGCCCUGUAAUGAGUGCACUGGACAAGGACCCACAGGACCACCUGGCCCACCUGGUCCACCUGGCAGCCCUGGUUACAAUCAAGGACCAGGACCUAAAGGUGAUCCAGGCUUUCCAGGACCUAGAGGUCUACUUGGAAGACCAGGUCCUCUUGGUGAAACAGGAUUACAAGGCCCUCCAGGACAAAAGGGAGAUCCAUAUCAUUAUAGCAACCAUGGGAUAAAGGGAGAAAGGGGAAGCCCAGGAAUACCUGGCAGGCCUGGUGCAGAUGGCUACCCUGGGUCUCCUGGGUUACCAGGGCACAAAGGCAAUCAAGGCUUUCCAGGGGAUACGAAUCUCUUUCCAGGGCAUGAUGGAGACAAGGGUUUUAGGGGUCAACCAGGGCCUGCAGGCAGUCCAGGACCAGUUGGGGAGCCUGGGAGAGUGGGAUAUGGGCCUCUUGGACUUGAAGGAAUUAAGGGGGAUUCUGGGGUUCCUGGGUUGCCUGGACAGCCUGGAAUUCCAGGUCCAAAAGGAGAACCUGGCCAUAUUCAUGGCAAAGGAUUUCCUGGACCACCAGGGUUUAAAGGUCAACCUGGUUCUCCUGGAAUCCCAGGGGAUCAAGGAACCUCGGGACCACCAGGAUCACCAGGUUUAGCAGGAGAAAAAGGAGAAAGAGGUGAUGUGUCAUGGCCUGGAAGUUUAGGAAUCCCAGGACCUAAAGGUGACAAAGGGCAGCCAGGGCUCCCAGGCCUUCCAGGCAGAGGUCUUCCUGGUCAACCAGGCACACCAGGCCUUCCUGGUCUCCCUGGACCUCAGGGUGAAAGCGGCCUUGGAUAUCCUGGCCCCCCAGGCCUUCCUGGGCUUCCAGGUGAAACUGGCAUUCAGGGGCCUAUGGGAGAUCCAGGGUCCCCUGGUCUACCUGGGGUCCCAGGACUUACUGGCAAUCCUGGUUUUCCAGGAGAAAAAGGAAAUAAAGGAUUCCAAGGACCCCCAGGACUACCUGGUACCAAAGAUUUAUGUAUGGGUUUACCUGGACCAAUGGGACCACCAGGACCAGAUGGCUAUUCGGGACAUCCAGGACCGAAUGGCUCCCCUGGAGAGAAAGGAAAUGUUGGUGGGCCAGGGUUUGGUCGUCCUGGUCCCCCAGGUGAGCCUGGUUUCCUUGGACCAUCAAUCCCAGGUCUAAGUGGAAUUUCUGGACAAAAGGGCAUCAAGGGACAAAAUGGCCUCCCUGGUCUACCAGGGUUAAAAGGAGACCCAGGGCCAGAUGGCCUACCAGGAUAUGGACCAGAAGGGUUGCCUGGAAUCAUGGGACCACCAGGACAAAUAGGUUCCCAGGGACCAGAUGGAGCCAGAGGGCCCCAGGGUCCAUCAGGAAUACAAGGUGACCUAGGUCCCAAAGGUCCUAAAGGACGUUCACCAACACCACCAGCUGAUCUUAUAGGUCCCCCAGGGGAAGCUGGUGAUACAGGUUACCCUGGUCUAGGUGGUCCUCCAGGAGAAACUGGAAGCACUGGCUCAAAAGGACAGAGAGGACAAGGGGGAGUGCCUGGGUCUCCAGGAUUAAGAGGUGCCCCGGGUGAUCCCGGUAGAGAUGAUCCUUUAUCAAAAGGUAGCCAAGGACCUGAUGGAGCUCCAGGAGACCCAGGAGUAAUAGGGCCUCUUGGUCCGAAAGGACUAAAAGGAAAUCCAGGAGUCCCUGGAGAGCCAGGUCCAAAUGGCGCACCAGGUUUAAAGGGUUACAAAGGACACAAAGGAGAACCAGACGACUACAGAUAUGGACCACCUGGACCACAUGGUCAAAAGGGUGAGAAGGGUUCAAUUAAUACUCAUAUAAUGAAAGGCCAGAAAGGAGAACCUGGCUUAAGUGGACUGCUUGGCCAACCAGGAAACCAUGGAUCAAAAGGAAACAAAGGACCUCCUGGGGAAAAUGGCUUGCCAGGCUAUCAGGGGCCUAUAGGAUCAAACGGACCUCCAGGAGGCAAAGGACAUCGGGGACCUAUUGGACAUCCAGGUGACCCUGGGCCACCAGGUGUCAGUGGUACUGUAGGGCCUAAAGGAAACCAGGGUAAAGAUGGGAUCCCUGGAUUACCAGGGGAAAAGGGGGACACUGCACUAGUUGAUGGGAAAACAGGAAGGCGGGGUGACACUGGUCAGCCAGGUUCCCCUGGAGAUCCUGGGUCUCCUGGCUUUCCUGGAACAGGCAGUCCUGGAUUGAUUGGGGACAAAGGAUUUCCGGGUCCAUCUGGGGUCUUUGGUCCAAGAGGACCACCGGGACAUACAGGAGAAUGUGUCCCUGGGCCUAAAGGAGCCAGGGGCCCUCCUGGGAAUGUUGGAAGACCAGGUCCCCCUGGCUUUCCUGGUCCCCCAGGUCCAACUGUGCCUGGAUUAAAAGGAGAUAGAGGAGAACCAGGUCCUACAGGAAACCCAGGCUAUAGCGGAUCCCGUGGAGAACCGGGCUCUCAUGGACCUCCUGGUGAAAGAGGCAGACCAGGAGACCAAGGACCAAGAGGGGAUCCCGGCCGUCAUGGAAGCCAAGGGCCGGCUGGGGACAGAGGAGACCCAGGAACCAUCCCAGGACUUCCUGGUGCACCUGGAGCCAAAGGCCCUCCUGGACCACCUGGCCGCACAGGUCAACCAGGAUUUGUCAGGUUCUCAUAUGAACCAGGACCUCCUGGCUUUCUUGGUCCCUCUGGCAACCGGGGAGCCCCAGGUAGCACUGGACCAUCAGGACCACCAGGGGUUCCAGGUGCACCAGGUGUUAAAGGAGCUCAAGGUUCUAGCCCAACUGGAUUGAUUGGAUUUCCAGGAAACAAAGGAGAUAAAGGACGAGCAGGACUCCUAGGUCCAAAUGGGACACCUGGAUAUCCAGGCCGGAAAGGUAUUCAAGGUUUGCCUGGCAGGCUUGUUUCGGGGUUUGUUGACAGUUUUCUGGUAGCUAGACACAGUCAGAGUGUCUAUGUCCCCGAAUGCCCUCAAGGCACCAGCCUCAUUUACUCAGGAUACUCCUUCCUCUUCAUCAAUGGAAAUGAGAGAGCACACGGCCAGGACCUUGGCACCAUGGGAAGCUGCCUCCCUCGUUUCUCCCCCAUGCCUUUCCUGUUCUGUGACACAGAAACGACCUGUCGCUAUGCUUCACGUAAUGACUACUCCUACUGGUUGUCUACUGACAAGCCUAUGCCUAGCAACAUGAUUUCCAUUACAGGAGUUGAACUGGCCUCCUACAUCAGCAGGUGCUCGGUUUGUGAGGCUACUACCAAUGUAAUAGCCAUCCACAGCCAGACAACCGUGACACCUAAUUGUCCCCAAAACUGGGAGUCGCUAUGGACUGGAUACUCAUUUGUCAUGCAAACGGGAGCUGGUGCUGAAGGCUCCUCUCAGCCGCUGGUUUCCCCUGGUUCGUGUCUGGAGCGUUUCCGCCAAGUGCCCUUCAUUGAGUGCCACGGCAAGGGGACUUGUAACUACUACCCCGAUUCCUACAGUUAUUGGCUGGGCUCUGUUAACCACAGCAACAUGUUCAGUAAACCUGUUCCUCAGACAGUAAAGGGACCUUCUCUACAAACAGUCAUCAGCCGUUGUCGGGUUUGCAGGAAACGAUGGCCUCCUGGCUCAAGUGAAAGCCGCGGAGAUGUUUAAUUCAGCAUUAUAAAAGCAGUCUGUUGUGUUUGUAAUGUGUACAUCUGUUUGAUGAAUGUAUUUAUAGUUUUAUCUGUCAGAUUGUCAUUUGAUAUUUAAACCAAAUAACUGAUUUUGUGCUCAGUGUAGAUAUAAAAACAAGCCAUUACAUGAGGCUGCCAGAUAUGUGUAAGUCUAGUAAAUGUGCAGCUGUUUUACUGGUAUUGAUACUACAAGAACCCUUUCACAGCUUUGACUUGAUCAGGGCUCUGCUAAUAUUGUUAUUUCCCUAGUUACUGGUUUCAAUUUGUGUUCCAUUAUCCCAAAACUCUUUUUAGUGCAAAUACACAACAAAAACAAAUCCCCUGGCAUAUACAAUAGUGCAACCACUAAAAAAUAAUUACCAUUUUUAUAAAGAUGACAUUGCUGCUUCUUUUAUUAUCACUAGUUUAACGAUGAAGCAAAUAUUAGGACGCAGUCGAUGACACACAUGUUUCUAUGACGUCCGGAGAGGAACGAGCUGUAAAUGGGGCACUUGUGCUUUGGAGUUCUUACACUGUGUUCACUUGCGCAAAUAUUGAGUCAUUUAUGCCCUCGCUCUAAAAGCAUUUCUUUGAAUUUCUGCAUGUUAAAUGGUGCAGGGAUAAGAUUCGGCUUUAUGACUCAUGCUGCCUGAAACUUUUUCCAGUGUUAAUUGAAGUGUUGGGAGGCAACACUGUCGUCAAACUGCUGAU